AUGAGUCCCCCCAGCCCGCCUAGACAGAUCCCGGUGCCCACUUCCAACAUGAGCAACCUCUCAAGACAGGUGUCCAACAGCCUUAACCUGAGCACCAGCCCGAACCUCUCAUUCCACAGCCCGCCGACCAGCUUCCGGCAACCACCUAGUUUCCCGGGCAGCGCUUCCAACUAUUCCGCAGGGGCCGCCGCCGCGACCGCGAAGCAACUCAAGCCUUUUGACACUAAGGAUGUGAAGGUGUUGCUGCUUGAAAAUGUCAACCAGGCCGGUGUCCACAUACUGAAGGAUCAGGGCUAUCAGGUGGAGGCAAUUAAGAGCAGCUUAUCGGAAGACCAAUUGAUCGAAAAGAUUCGCGAUGUGCAUGUCAUCGGUAUCCGCUCGAAGACGAAGCUCACAGAGCGCGUCUUAAAGGAGGCUAAGAACCUCAUCGUCAUCGGUUGCUUCUGCAUCGGCACAAACCAGGUCGACCUCAAAUAUGCGGCGUCGCAGGGUAUCGCCGUGUUCAACUCCCCUUUCUCCAACUCGCGCUCCGUCGCCGAACUCGUCAUUUCCGAAGUCAUAGCUCUUGCCCGCCAACUUGCCGAUCGCUCGAUGGAAUUACACAACGGCACAUGGAACAAAGUGAGCAAGGGCUGUUGGGAGAUUCGUGGCAAGACGCUCGGCAUAGUCGGCUACGGUCACAUUGGUAGCCAGCUGUCCGUUCUGGCGGAAGCGAUGGGCAUGGAGGUCAUAUACUACGACGUUGUAAACCUGAUGGGUCUGGGAACCGCUAAACAGGUCAGCUCGCUGGAUGACCUGCUGGAUCAGUCGGACUUCGUGACCCUGCAUGUACCGGAGACGGCGGACACAAAGAAUCUGAUCGGCAAAGCGCAGUUCGACAAGAUGAAGAACGGAUCGUACCUCAUCAACAAUGCCCGCGGAAAGGUUGUUGACAUACCCGCCUUGAUAGAGGCCAUGCGCAGCGGCAAGAUCGCCGGUGCAGCCAUCGACGUGUUCCCCAACGAGCCCGCAGGCAAUGGCGACUACUUCAACAACGACCUGAACAACUGGACAAAGGACUUGCAGGGUCUGAAGAACCUGAUCUUGACCCCUCACAUCGGCGGUAGCACGGAAGAAGCACAAAGCGCAAUCGGCGCGGAGGUCAGCACCGCGCUCGUCAAGUAUGUCAAUGAAGGUUCUACUCUCGGCGCGGUCAACAUGCCCGAGGUGUUCCUGCGCACCAUCAACCUGGAUGAACCAAACUGCGUGCGUGUGGUCUUCAUCCACAAGAACGUGCCUGGUGUGCUGAGGCAGGUCAACGGCGUGUUGCUGAACCACAACAUUGACAAGCAGAGCUCGGAUUCAAGAGGGGAUGUUGCGUAUUUGAUGGCAGAUGUCAGCGACGUGAAGGAGGACGAGAUUAGGAAUCUUUUCCAGAGCCUCGAGGAGCUGCCGGCUAGUCUGCGGACAAGGAUGCUGUACUAG